AUGUUUUCCCAGCUUUCUCGAUCAACCUCGCGCUCAUGCCGCCCGAUCAAAAACCACCUCCAGCCAUUCCGAGCCGCCAGACCACUCUCAACCACCACCCCAUCCUCGAUCUUCAAGCAACAUGAUCUGAUGGUCAAAGCGUCCCAGACCAAGGAAGGCCAAGAACUAUCCAGGCGAUGGAUGACUAACUCAUCCACCUCUCGAAUUGAUUCCGAUAGAGAAACGAUCAUCAAGCUGCUCUACUCGAUCGCCUCCAAGCAUGAAGUCGAAAGAUACCUCAGGAUUUUCUCAACCGCAAACACCUUUGCAGUCCUCAAAGUGGGCGGUGCGAUCUUGUCUGAGGAUCUAGAAUCACUCUCCUUGAGCCUCAGCUUCUUGAAUAAAGUAGGAUUAUAUCCGGUCGUCUGUCACGGAAUGGGACCUCAGCUCAACAAGUUACUCGAGGACGCUGGGGUCGUGCCGGAUUACAUCGAUGGAAUCAGAAUCACAGACGCCAAGACGCUCGAGAUUGGCCGACAGGUCUUUUUAGCCGAAAACUUGAAACUCGUUGAAGCCUUAGAAAAACUCGGCACCCGAGCCCGACCGAUCACCAACGGGGUCUUCUAUGCCGACUAUCUUGAUCGGGAGAAGUACGGCUUUGUUGGGAAGAUCAAUAAGAUCAACAAGGAGCCCAUCGAAGCCAGUAUCCGGGCUGGUGCUCUGCCGAUCCUCACCAGUCUUGCAGAGACUAAGGACGGUCAGAUCCUCAACGUCAAUGCGGAUGUAGCCACCAGCGAAUUGGCCAAAGUCUUGGAACCCGUUAAGAUCGUCUUCCUCAAUGAAAAAGGAGGACUGUUUCAUGGAGUCACGCAGGAAAAGCUGGAUGUUAUCAACCUAGAUGAAGAAUAUGAUAGCCUAAUGAAACAAGAAUGGGUCAAGUACGGCACCAAGCUCAAGAUUCGUGAGAUCAAGGAGCUCUUGGAUCAUCUUCCCCGUUCUACCUCGGUUGCGAUCAUCUCUCCAGAAGAUCUCCAGAAAGAAUUAUUCACCGAUUCUGGCGCUGGUACUCUAAUCAGAAGAGGAUACAAGCUUCACAAACAUUCGAGCGUCGAUUCGAUCGGAAAAGACCGUUUGCGGAACGUCUUGCAAGAGCGUGACCCAGAUGUUCAAUCCGGGCAAGUCAGCGUCUCCGAAAUCUUUGCCGAUCUCGAGGACAAGAGUUACACGAUCUAUGCCGAUGAGCAAUUCGAUGUGGUGGCCAUGAUCUCCCACCCUCCCAACAAAGUACCGGUGCUUACCAAGCUCUUAACCUCACGGAAUGCGGUCUUGAACUCGAUUCUGGAUAACGUAUGGGCGUCGAUCCGGACGGACUUCAAGAAGUUAUUCUGGACCUCGAACGGAAGCGAGGGCGAGACCAAGAGCUGGCACUUCGACAAGGCCGACGGAAGCUUCACGCGUGCCGGUAAGAGUUUAUUCUACUAUGGGAUCCAAGACGUCGAGGAGGUCGAAAGCUCGAUCAAGAGCUUUGUCGAUGAUGGCCGGGUACCACGGGCCUACCUACCGAUUGUCCAUCGAAAACUUAGUUCGACAACUCCGUCUGGCUCAUCGCAAGCCUCCAGCCCAAUGGGUCAAAAGCGACAAUAUGCGACAGCCGCCGGCCAACCAACGACGAAAAAGAUCGGCCUGAUCGGAGCCCGUGGGUUUACCGGUUCCCAACUAGUCUCGCUCAUCAACGGCCACCCAAACCUCAGUCUUGCUCAUGUCUCAUCUCGCGAACUUGCCGGCCAACGGCUUGGAAACUACGACAAGGCCGAAAUUAUCUACGAAAACCUUGGUGCUCGAGAAGUGCAGGAGAUCGAGAAGAGCGGCGAGGUGGAUGCGUGGGUGAUGGCCUUGCCCAACGGGGUCUGUAAACCGUUCGUCGACGCUAUCGAAAAUGUUCGCUCCACCCAAAACUCUGCCUCUCAUAAGGGUAGCGUCAUCGUUGAUCUGAGUGCUGAUUAUCGCUUUGAGAAAAACUGGACCUAUGGCUUGCCGGAAUUGUACAACCGAGAAGAGAUUCGAGGGUCGGUCCGGAUAUCGAAUCCGGGUUGUUAUGCGACGAACAUUCAACUCUUACUGGCGCCGUUGAUGCCUUACAUAGGAGAGAAUGGACCGACGGUGUUUGGGAUCUCAGGGUACAGUGGAGCGGGGACGCAGAAGGGGAAUGUGCCGAAGAUCAGCGGGGCGGAGCUCGAAGGAAGUGUCCGGCCGUAUUCACUAACAGACCACAUCCACGAGCGGGAGGCCAGUUACCAUCUAGGGAAGCAGAUGACCGGUGGCGAAGCGUCGGAUUUCCAGGUGGCGUUUAUCCCCUCGAUCGCGCCCUGGUUCAGCGGGAUCAUCGCGACCGCGUCUGUCCCACUCAAGACACCCAUGGACGCGAAAGAUAUCCACAAACUUUUCGAGAGCAAGUAUCAGGACGAGAAACUCAUCCAAUGGUCCAGGCAAGGCGUCCCUGAUGUCCGCCUGAUUGCUAAUAAACACGGCUGGGUCGGCGGCGGAUUGCAGGUCCAUAGCUCCCGUAACAGAGUCGUCGUCGUCGGCGUACUCGAUAAUCUCCUCAAGGGCGCUGCGACGCAAUGCUUACAGAACUUGAACUUAAGCUUAGGCUUAGAUGAGUUCGAAGGAAUCCCUCUUUAG